AUAGCUGGUUUUUCUGUGGGUGAUCCACAAAGGGGCCUUAUCUCGGUCUCCCAUUUAUUAUUCGCAGAUGACACUUUAAUUUUCUAUGAUGCAGAGCAAGAUCAACUUAGGGCACUGAAGGCGCUUCUUUUUUGUUUCGAAGCAGCGUCAAGUUUAAGAGUUAACUUCGAUAAAUCAGAAUUAGUGCCUGUUGGAAACGUCAACAUUUCUCGACAGUUGGCUAACACUCUUGGGUGCAAGGUCGCUUCUCUUCCUAUGACGUAUUUGGGGUUACCAUUGGGGGCCGCUUCAUGGGCUUUGUCUAUUUGGAACACAGUUAUUGAGAAAAUAGAACGAAGAUUGGCUGGGUGGAAGAGACUGUAUUUAUCGAAAGGAGGCCGGGUGAUGCUUAUCAAGAGUACUCUCUCUAACCUACCAACUUACUUUCUAUCUUUAUUUCCAAUUCCAGCUAGUGUGGCGGCGCGAAUCGAAAAACUUUAUCAGGAUUUCUUAUGGAGUGGGAUGGGAGAUGAAUUCAAGUUUCAUAUUUGAGAACUUUUAAUCGGGCAUUGCUUAGGAAAUGGCUUUGGAGAUACAAUGUGGAACCAGAAGCUCUAUGGAAAUUAGUGGUUGAUUGCAAACAUGGUAAGAUGGGAGGGGAGUGGUGUACUAGAGAGGGGAAUGGGUCCUAUGGGGUGGGGGUUUGGAAGCAUAUACGACGUGGUUGGGGGGUGUUUUCUCGUCAUACUAAAUUUUUGGUGGGUGAAGGAACUCGUAUAAAAUUUUGGAGAGACAUUUGGUGUGGCGAGGAGGCUCUAGCAGUUGCAUUCCCUUCUGUUUUUCAUGUGGCAUGUGAUCAAGAGGCUUCUGUGGCGGAUCUCAUGAUUCGUUCAGGGGAUCAACUCCAUUGGAAUGUCAUCUUUAGUAAAGCAAUACAUGAUUGGGAACUUAACAGUGUUGAGGCCUUUUUCAGUCGAGUGUAUUCUACGAGGAUGUCUGGUUUGAGAGAAGAUAAGCUGUGGUGGAAUCCGGCAGGUAAGGGUAUCUUUUCGGUUCGCUCCUUCUAUAAGUCCCUUACUAAGCUUCCAAACACGCAUUUUCCUUGGAAAGGUGUGUGGAGGAAUAAGGCACCUCCAAAAGCACUACUUUUCACUUGGACAGUGGCUCUGGGUAAGAUUUUGACCACUGAUAAUCUGCGGAAGCGCCAGGUUAUUAUUCUAGAAUGGUGUUGUAUGUGCAAGAAAGCUGGCGAGACAGUGGAUCAUCUUAUGCUACAUUGUGAGAUAGCUAGAGCAUUGUGGAGCGAUGUGUUCAUACGUAUAGGGUUGAUUUGGGUCAUGCCUGCUAUAGUGGUAGAGUUAUUAGCUUGUUGGGUAAUGCCGGAUGGUGCUCCACAAAUCAAAGCUGUGUGGAAGAUGGUUCCUAUUUGUAUUAUGUGGUGCAUAUGGCGGGAGCGUAAUGAGCGGACAUUUGAGGAUAAGGAGCUGACAUUAGAGGGUCUUAGAAUUUUCUUUUACCGCACCUUACUUCUGUGGGCUAGUGCUGUAGAUUUUAAUGGCCUAACUGUACAUGAUUUUCUUCUUUCUUUUUUAGCAACCAGAUAGGUCCUAUCUCUUGUAUUCCACCUUGUACAUCUAGGCUUGGCCUAUUCUUAUUUAUACUACCGUUUACUUAU